AGAGCAUGCUGGGUAGUGUAGUUGUAUCUGUAGUUGUUGUAGUCUCCCGGCAGGCUCGCGCUUGAGGUGGUUGGUCGCUCGCUCGCUCGAGCCGCCGCAGCAGCUUCUUCCUCCCUCUCUCUCUCUCCCUCUCUCUCUCUCUCUCUCUCUCUCUCUCUCUCUCUCCGGCGUCACUCACAUGUAAAGCCCAACAUGGCCCCUGCCAGCCGGGCCGUUGUUGUGGUCUCGGUGUCGCUGCUGUACCUGAGCCGGGCCAUCUUCUCCUCCGAGUACUUCUCCACCCUCACCCUGUUCAACAACGAGCUCCACAAGCAGGGAUGCAGCUCGCUGUCCGAGUGGGAAGAGUACGCGGCGGACUGCGAGUCCUCAAUUUUACAGCUGGAGGACCCGGACUGUGAGGAGGGAAGCAACCCGCCCUGCGAGUCCGUCUUCUCACUUAAUGCAGAGAAGAUCCUGAACCAGGCCAAGUUGUUUAUAGAACAGAAAAAAAUCCCCUUCCCUGUAGAUAACCACAACACAAACGAAGAACUCGCUAUAGGCUACGUUCUGAUAGGCAACGGUCUUUAUGAUGAAGCCAUCAAACACUUCUCACUCUUAUUACAGGGCGACCCGGAGCUGGUCAGCGCCAUCUAUGGGAGAGGGAUAGCUUAUGGGAAGAAAAGUCUACAGGACAUAAAGAAUGCUGACUUGGCGUUGUACGAGCUCAACCGAGUCAUCACUCUGGAGCCUAACUGGCCCGAGGUCUACGAGCAGAGAGCAGAGAUCCUCUCUCCUCUGGGUCGUAUCAGCGAAGCUCUGGCCGACCUGACCAAAGCCAUCCAGCUGCAGCCGUCGGCCCGUCUGUACAGACACAGAGGAACACUGCUCUUCAUCUCAGAGGACUAUGUGGCAGCUAUGGAAGACUUCCAGCAGUCUUUAGAGCUGAAGAAGAAUCAGCCCAUCGCCAUGCUAUAUAAAGGCCUCACCUUCUUCCACAGAGGCAUGCUCAAGGAAGCCAUUGAGACAUUCAAAGAGGCCCUGAAGCUGAAGUCUGACUUCAUAGAUGCCUAUAAAAGCCUCGGGCAGGCCUACAGAGAGCUGGGGGAUUUCGAGUCCGCGAUGGAGAGCUUCCAGAAAGCUCUCAUGUUGAACCAGAACCACAUCCAGUCUCUCCAGCUCAGAGGCAUGAUGCUGUACCACCACGGCUCACUGCAGGAGGCCAUAGGCAACUUCAAGAGGUGUCUUCAGUUGGAGCCCUACAACGAGGUGUGUCAGUACAUGAAGGGGCUGAGUCACGUGGCGAUGGGGCAGUUCUACGAGGGCAUCAAAGCUCAGACUAAAGUCAUGCUGAACGACCCUCUGCUGGGACAGAAGGCCAGCUCUGAAUACCUCAAAGUGAAAUACCUCAGAGAGUACUCUCGCUACCUGCACUCUCACCUUGACAUCCCUGUAGCAGAGUAUAAUGUGGACCAGGACCUACCUGGAAACUUUAAGAACCACUGGGCCAAAAAUCUGCCUUUCCUAAUAGAAGAUUAUGAAGAACAGCCCGGCCUGCAGCCGCAUAUCAAGGACGUCCUGCCGCAGAACUUCGACAGCUACAGCAGUGAAGUCCAGAAGCUGAUCUGCACGGCCGACCACUUGGGGGCACUAAUGCAAUACGACACUCCUGGUUUCUUACCCAACAGGAGAAUACACAGAGCCAUGGGUUUAGCGACCCUGGAGGUGAUGCAGGCUAUGCAUCGGACGUGGAGCAACUCCAAAGUGCGAGUCAACGGCAAGACCAGGCAAAUGCAGUGGAGAGACAUGUUCGACAUAGCUGUAAAAUGGAGGAGGAUUGCGGAUCCAGACCAGCCAGUUCUGUGGUUAGACCAGAUGCCCGCCAGGAGUCUCAGUCGAGGCUUCAACAAUCACAUCAAUCUCAUCAGGGGACAAAUUAUCAACAUCAGAUACCUGGCCUACUUUGAUAACAUCCUGGACUUUAUCAAAGACAGAAUACUGGUGUACCACGGGGCGUACAAUCCCCGAGGACUCUUAGAGGUCCGUCAGGCUCUUGAAAAUGUGAAUAAAGUAGAAGAUCUGCUUCCGAUAAUGAAGCAGUUCAACAGUAAAACCAGAGAUGGCUUCACGGUCAACUCCAAGGUGCCGAGCAUGAAGGAUCCUGGGAAAGAAUACGACGGUUUUACCAUCACCAUCACUGGAGACAGGGUAGGCAACAUGUUGUUCUCAGUCGAGACUCAGACGACAGAAGAGCGGACGCAGCAGUACCAGUCGGAGGUAGAGUCCAUCUACAAAGACCUCACCGCCAAAGGAAAGGCAUUAAUGCUGUCCACUGAACUCGGGGAUGCAGAUGCCGUGUGCAACCUGAUCCUCUCAUUGGUUUAUUACUUCUGCAACCUCAUGCCCCUCUCCAGAGGGUCCAGUGUUGUAGCCUACUCAGUCGUCAUGGGGGCACUGAUGGCCAGUGGGAAGGAGGUCAUCGGCAGGAUCCCGAAAGGAAAGUUGGUGGAUUUCGAAGCCAUGACCACGCCCAGUCCAGAUGGCUUCAGUAAAACAGCUAAAUCCUGGAUGAAUCUCAAAAGUUUGCCAAGUUGGUACCAGAGUCUUCCGUCAGUAGCGGAGACCUUCCCGUCGACCAGAACGAUGAUCGAGGUUCUCAACACAGACUCGUCCUCACACUGUCCGAAGAAGUCCUAACACGACGACUUCUUCUUCUACUUCUUCUUCUUCUUCUUCAUAGGAGAGAAGUCGGUUUAAUAAAAGUCUUUAAUAAUGGAGCUUCUACACUGGGUAGAAAAAAAAAGGGACUGUCUUCUUCUGCAACCCAAAUAAAACUGGACUCCAUAAACAUCCAAAUGUUUGAUGGUAAACGUUAAAGAUCCUGCCGUUCUCCGUCAUCCUCCCUUAAACACUCCCUCACUCUUAACAGCGACUGUCGAGGCUGAUGUUUUUAUUUUCCAGUCCUUAAUUAUUUUAUAAUAUAAUUUGAAUUUCAUCAAAGUAUGUGAUGGUUUUUAAAAAUGAUUAGCCCCAAUAUUUCCACACUCCAGCUGUUAGGGGGGAAAGAUGACGGAGAACGUUACGUGUCACGUUUUGGGAUGCAGAAGCGAUUCUGUCCGCACACUUUUUCUCUGCUUUAUAGGCGUCGCGCUGAAACACCCAAAGCACAAAGUCCAUCUCACGAACCAUCGGCACGAACAACCCUACGUUGUAUAGUGAAAGUCUUUAGAUCACCAUGAACUUUAAUUAGUUUAAGUUUUGGACUGACACUGAAGUUAUCGCCACUUUAAAACGUCUCAGCCUAUCAGCAGAGAAGGAGUCUGGGAGGAUUUUAAAAACAUAAAAAACAAAAAACCUUCAGGGCUAUUUGAAUUCCACUCGGGAUACUUGAAGCAGUCUCUUUUUUUAUUUUAGUUUUCUCGACACUUCUUGCAGGAAGUGUCGCUUCUCUUACCGGGUAUUGAAUCCCGCUUUCUUUUUAACGUGACCAAUAGAAGGGUUCGUGUACGGAUUGGGUUGACUGCUGAACUUACACGAGAGCAACAGUCAGAGAUUUUAGAGGACUUCUGAAGAGAGAUUAGAAUAAAGAGAUAAUUAUGAAUAUUUAAGUAACUUAUCAAUUAGAAAUACCAAAUGUUUGCUGGUUCCAGCUUCUCAAAUGUGAAAGUUUCUUGUUUUUACGUCAUUAUAAAUUGAAUAAAUCUUGGUUUUGAGAAAAUUUGAGGACGAAGAAAACAAGAAAAAUCUAAAUAAAUAUGCAGUAUAUCCUCUUGAAUUCAAGACUUACAAGUCUAUGACUUGUGAUUUCCAUCUUUAAGUUCAUUUAUUUAAUUUAAUUUAGCAUUUAUUAAGUUUAAAUUCAAACCCAAGGAGCAGAAAUAAAUCCUCCUGAAUGUUCUCUGACUGCUUGCUCUCGUCAAGGAUUAAUUAUAAAUAAACGAGGGGCAGGGGAAGCACACCACAAACUGUCGUUUCUUUUCUUUGCUAUCAUUCCUUUAACUCUGAUUUUUUUGAUGAACUCACAACACCAGUCAAACAGUCUUAAAUAAACCAUCAAAUACUUUAUUUUUGUGGUUUUUUAGAUCAGCGACUGAAGUCACAGACGUCCGGAGAAAGGGAAAUCUCACUUCUGUUUGAAAGAUUGAACCAAAUUUAACGUUUACAGACGAAAAAAUCAUCAAUUUUCUGUCUUCCGUAAUUCAGAAUAAUCUUGUUUUAAUCUGUCGGUUUAAGCACAAAGAGCCUCAGCGGAUAAUUCACCUGAAUGAUCUCAAAGUUUUCAACAGACGUAACGAAUUCGAGGUUUUUUUUAACGUUCACGUAUCGUCACUGGAAAGUCUUCAUUUAACGUCCACAUCUGCUUUAUUUUACAAAGUCUGUCACUUCUUUUGCCUCCUGUAAUUUUGUCGAUGAUUGUGCUAAUUUUCUUGUUGUGCUGCUGACCCCGGUUCAUUAAGUGCUUCGGUGGAGGAGGGAAUGUUUUAUUGAACGAGUGAAUGAAUGUUCAGCAGUCAAUAAAACUGGUUGACAAUUUAA